AUUUGUUUUUGUGACAUGUGGUAAAUGAGUACAUUUUUAAGUAGCCCUGGCCCAGUGGUGAAGAUUAUGGUGGUGGACUCCGGUCAGGAGUCUGACUGGACCAUCCCUGGACUCACGGGUGUGGUAGCUUUGAGCAAAACACUAAUACCCUGAACUAAUAUAAUAGUAAUAGUAACAUUGCAUGUGUGUGUUCACUAUGAUGUGUAAAAUGCAGAGAACAUGUUUUUCAUGUAUGUUCAUUAUUCUUAUUUUUCUAAAUGAUGGCAUCAGCCAAAAGGUGAGGCAUUGGGAAGACUAAUCUGGUAAUUUGUUGUUCCUUUUUUUUCACACUCCACCAAAACUUUCCUGUACGAUUACUUUUCGUUGUUUUUGUGCACAUGUUCCUGCCGUUUCUCUGGCGCCCACCAGUGUUGGCAGUGUGAACUACAGACGCCAACGUGGAACUUCUGUGGCUUUAAUUUUGCAAAUUUUAAGACUCCACGAACAACUAACUCCCUUCGCAUUUUCUUUGGAAAUGUUUAUCAACAUUUGAAACGCGGAUGAAAUGCACACAUUAUACUAUAAAAUAUACUUUAAUUUAAAUCUUAAUAAUGCACUCAACUCCUUUGGAGAGUUCUAUGUAUUUGUGGGGGGUGGUACUUGGUGUAAAAAGUUCGGGAUCCACCGAUUACGUAAUCACGCAAUGACAUGACGUAAUUUGUUACGUCGUUUCGGCCCUUUUGGCAACAAACAGACCCGAAAAUUAGUUGGCAAAAUUGUUCACCACCAUGUCGGCUCAGGUUCGCGCUGUGGUCUCAGCCCAGUGGCUCGCGGACGCAAUCAGAAAGGGCCUCACGGGCUCCAAGAUUCGGAUCCUGGACUCGUCGUGGUACCCCCCGGUAGCCAAACGGGACCCGAAAGCGGAGUUUGCCGAGAAGCACAUCCCGGGAUCGUCGGUCUUCGACAUGAUCGAGUGCAGCGACCGCAGCUCGCCCCACUGCCACACGUUGCCCGCCGCCGCCCACUUUUCUCGCUACGUGGGCGAGCUGGGCAUCGGCAACGACACCCACGUGGUGGUGUACGACGCGCACGACUUUGGCCUAUACACAGCCCCCCGCGUCUGGUGGAUGUUCCGUCUGUUCGGCCACCGCUCGGUGUCGGUGCUGGACGGGGGCUUGAAGAACUGGUUGGCCGAAGGGCGCCCGGUGACGUCGGAACUCGUGAAGCCGGAGCGCAGAGAUUUCCAGGUGACCCCGAACCUUGCGUGGGUGAAGACUUACGAGGACGUGCUGGACAACAUCGGCACCAAGAAGGUCCAGGUGGUGGACACCAGGCCUGCGGGAAGGUACAGGGGGGUCGAACCGGAACCCAUUGAGGGUACGCUACCAGGACACUUCCCCGGCACAAUCAACUUGCCAUUUACUUCCUUUCUGGAAGCUUCUGGGAAGUUUCUGGCCCUCGAAGACCUCUCCAGGCUGUACAGGGAGGCCGGACUCAAAUUGGAGCAGCCGCUGUGGGCCACCUGCUCGUGCGGCGUGACGGCGUGCUUUGCCGUCCUGGUCGCUCAGCUGCUCGGCCACCCGGGCGUGUGCGUUUACGACGGAUCCUGGUCCGAGUGGUUCAAAAGGGCGUCUCCAGAGUACAUCAUCUCUGAGGGAGAGGGAAAGAAGAUGUGAGGCUGGAGUUAGUUUUAACAGAUUAAGUAUGUAACUGCACUAGUGAUUUGUUGCCAUUUAUGAUAGAAUCGGUGCACGAUUAAUUUGCUACUUAGGCAACACUUGCAACAGUCUGGAGAAUAAUGUAGUGAUCCACAUGACCACUUUCUGCAAAUAAUCUGUUACAGAGGAAUCGAGAAAUGUUUAGUGUAGCUUUUAUGCUUUUUUUAAAAAAAAUAAGAUGGGUAGUCUUUUGACAAAUGAUGUGAAAUCUCUUAUCUACGUUUUCUUGUAUGAUUCCAUGUAAAAUUCUAUAUUUCUUGUGUUUUUUCUCACUGACACUAACUUGUUAAGAAAAUUAAAUGUUUUGCUUUCGAGAGGUAAAAUUUGCAGGAGCCCGCACAGAAAAUAUAGGUGGAAUCAACAUAUUUUAUUUCAUUAAACAAAAUGUGAACUAUA